GUACGCGCAUUUUAUAAAGGAAAAAGUGUACUGCAAACUAUCGUCCGAGAGGAUUGUACAGAGUAAUUGAAAGGACAACUGAUCCCAAAGAAAGUUUUAUAUCGAAGAAGAAAUAGUGCAUCGAUAAGUCAGGGAUACGGUUCAAGGUGUAAACGAGCAUCAUGAAACGCAGCGAUUUGGCCCUGAUCUUGAUGCGACUUUUAUUAUUUUUCGCUAUUUUGGAGACCAAUCCAGCUGCAUCGAAGUUCGUGUACCGUAUGGUUUAUGUGGAAGAGAACAAACCAGCAACACUUUACUGUGACAUAACGGGAUCUUCGUUGACGAAUUUUAAGUGGAUACAACGUUAUGGCAAACAAGUCGAAUGGAGCGAGAGCAAUUUUCCUAAUAUUUCACGUAUCAACGAAACAUACGUCGUGAUGACGCUUGAAAUAGCAAACGUGACAUCAGGAUACAUCGGAAUGAGAUACAAAUGCAGUGGGGAUGCAGGUGAUAGCAAGCGACGAACUGAGAGUGCACAAUACUCAUUAUGGAUCCUCAACGAAGAGGAAUCCAACCAAAAUGUCCGAGCUAUUGGAAAAGAUCGCAUCUACCUGAAGAUAGGUCGAGCCAAUUUUAUAGCUGGGUCAAUACAACCGCUAGUGUUAGAUUCAUUCAUUGACUGCGUUAUCGAGUAUUUACCAAAUGGUACGACUCGAUGGCAAUACGCAACAUCAUAUUCGUGGAUAGAGAUUCCUAGUUAUCACGUUAUCCAUGGAUUACAAGAAGAGACUACCUACAUGAUAAAAAACACGGUUUCUUACGGGAAUGUAGCGUUGGAUCAAUUUAAGUGGGUUACGACGUUAGAACGAGAUAUCAAAUACGUUCCUGUCAUUACGGUUGUCAAGGUAACUCAGUCUUCGAUAGCAAUUGAAUGGACUGCGCCUCCACCGGAACUGGAAGGUUAUAUCAGCCACUACUAUGUUUGGAUUCAUGAUAGAUGGAAUCUUGGUCUGCCGCGGGAAGCACAAGAAUCGGUGCUGAGUCACGUUUUUCAUGAACUAUAUCCGAUUGGUACCUAUAUUAUCCGACUACAAGCUUGUUCAAUUGACGAAUGUCGAAAUAAGUACCCUAGCACCCCUGUGACUGGUGUAGCUCUGGAUGUUGCAGAUGAUGUGAACCCAGCGUUCACCCCAAAUGUCUUUGUGAACGAAUCGACGAACGAUUCAAUAACUAUCAAGUGGAACGCACCCGAAGAUUCGUACAAGGGUCCAGCCAUUCAUUACUACCAUCCAAUAUUGUCUGCUCCGUAUUAUGCGGAUAAUUCAGUAUUUCUAAAUGGAACCACAAACUUUUACACAUUUGUAAAACUGAGGCAGGACGUUGAGUUUCAAAUUCAGGUGGCAGCCUGUGGGAAGUACAGAAUGAAUUGUGGUCAUCCGAGUGUUCCGAUCAAAGUUCGAAUGCCAGGUGUUCCAGAGUUGCUCAGAAAUACUCAAAAUGACGGGAACAUGAUACAAGUUGGAAUAUGGCUUAUUGCCUCGGCACUGAUACUCAUUAUCGUCAUGAGCAUAUUGGCUGCCUGGAAACUUCGGAAACAGAGUAUAAAACGGAAAUUGAUCAAAGCGAGACUCGACUACUUCAAUAACGAAAAUUCAGUGACUUUGGAUCCAGAUGUGGCUGUGAGUGAUCAGGCUGAGUUACUGCCGUACUUGAAGAAAUACGAGUUCCCUCGAAGUCUGCUUACACUGGGUGACAUACUGGGAAGCGGGGCAUUCGGAGUGGUGAGAAAAGGACAGGCGAAGACCAUUCGCGGUCGGGAAGUUGUGACAACAGUCGCUGUAAAGACGGUCCGAGCGACAGCCAGUCUGGACUGCAUGACAGCCCUUCUUAGAGAACUCAGGAUCCUCUGCUACCUCGGUGAACAUUUGAACCUCGUCAGUCUUCUCGGUGCCUGCACGAAAAAUCUAGAAUACGGCCAGCUGUUCGUUAUCGUAGAAUUCUGUCGUUUCGGAAAUCUACAUGACUACUUGUUGCGUCAUCGACGUCGCUUUGUGAAUCAAUUGGAUGCCGAUACUGGAGAGAUCCGUGAUCAAAACCAAGUUGGAGAUGUGAUCGAACCCAACGAUCAGAGUGAAGGAUCAGGGCCACGGUGCAAUGAAAAUCUAGAGGUAGGCGAAUCCAGUGAUGGCAGUGAUUCUAGCUGCGUAGGUGUGACGGCAGACGGCGUCGUGACUGACACGGAAUCAGAGAAACCAAAGGUGAGAUUGAGAUACCCGGGCGAUUACACCGGAAUCGAUACAGAUCCGAUACGCACGCGAGACUUGGUGUGUUGGGCUUGGCAAAUUUCACGUGGCAUGCAGUAUCUCAGUGCAAAGAAGAUAUUGCACGGGGACUUGGCGGCCAGAAACAUUCUCCUCUCGGAUAAUAAUGUUGUAAAAAUAUGCGACUUUGGUCUGUCGAAGUCUCUCCGUGACGAAGAGAACUUUAAGAACAACGAGGGUGGUCCCCUUCCGGUGAAGUGGAUGGCUAUCGAGUCUCUCAGAGAUCGAGUAUUUUCAACGAAAUCGGAUGUUUGGUCCUACGGAGUCGUCUUGUGGGAACUCUUCUCACUUGGCAAUACUCCGUAUCACGGGAUAAGGCCGCACGAUAUGUGCCAAACUCUGAUUGACGGUUAUCGUCUGGAGCGACCGGAGUACGCGCCUCAGAGUUUAUACGAUUUAAUGUCAGGUUGCUGGAAGGAGGAACCAUCGGAACGACCUUCGUUCGAAUCUCUCACCUGGAAACUUGCUGAUAUGAUAGACGAGCACGUGAAAUCGUAUUAUCUUGACUUGGGCAAUCCUUACACUGAGAUGUACGCCAAUGACUGGAAACGUGAGAGGGAGACCGUGAUGCACGGCGAUGAACCUGCUGUCUGUGAAGACACCCGACUUUGAACGUAACAAUGACGUCGUGAACGUCUUAGUAUUUCGUGAUCAGAUACACUUCACAAUCACUUCCCCAGUAAACCAAAUUGAUUUAAGUACGACAAAAACGGAAUUGACACGAAUUCGUGCAAACUGAUACAAAUUCAAAAAAAAUGGCACAUAAAUCUUUUUAAUUCGCUCCAAUUCCAGUUAAUUUCGUUUUUAGAUAUACUUAAUUCCAUUCGAUACGUUUUGGUUUACUGGGUUACUAACGAGGGGAAAUUACACCAGUCUGCAACGAAAUCCUCCUUCGAAAAAAAGAAAAAAUUAUAUAAUAGACAUAAAUGCUUUCACGUGCUAAAUAUA